GAGGAGGGUGGGAAAUGGCAGAGGGUGAGAAAUAGGGAAUCAGGAAACAAACAAACGGGCAGAGUCUGGGAGAGAAUCGGCAGGCGCGAUGUCUGGCCGUGAAGGUGGCAAGAAGAAGAAGCCCCUGAAACAGCCCAAGAAGCAGGCCAAGGAGAUGGACGAGGAGGAUAAGGCUCUCAAGCAGAAGCAAAAAGAGGAGCAGAAGCUCGAGGAGCUAAAAGCGAAGGCGACAGGGAAGGGCCCCCUGCCUCAGGUGGAAUUAAGAAAUCUGGCAAGAAGUAAGGUGCUCCUUGUGUCUGGACCAUGGCGACCACCCUCGAGUCCUUUCCUAUUUAAACAUCUGGAUUCCCCACCGUAGCAGCUACAGCUAGAAUGAAGUGUUGCCUUAGAGCGUGUUGUACAUUUAAGAAUAAACUUUUGUUAAAAAAAAAGAAAACAAACAAACAUAUAUAUA